UGACACGCCCAUAAGGGGUUGAAGCGCCGGGCUCUACCGACCGCACUCGAGACGCUGCAAGAUACCGGACAGAUUCCUAAGGUGCAUCUUAGUCCUUAAGUGAUCUUCGAGAUAGAAAGGAACGAAUAACGGAAUUUCCUUCUAUUACAGACUAUCAGCUGAGGAGGAUAUUGGAGGUGAGCGGUGAACACGGAGAGGAACUGUGAGCUUGCUGUAAGAGGUGUCAUACUGAGAGAAAGAGAGAGAGAGAGUGAAAGCAUAGCCCUUUUAGAUCCAUGGCCUGAUGAUCUAAGCCAGAGCUGACACAUCAGCCAUAAAAGCUGAAAAACAGAGCCAUAGACAUCUGUCUAACAUUAACAUAAAUGCCAAUAUGCAGAAUCUGAGGCUGCUCAUCUUAAGCAUGCUGUUUUACUCAGCAUUCUCUGCAACUCUGAAAGCCCAAGAGAUGUCUCAGACUCUGUUUUUUCGGGAAGACUUCCAUAUCCCCGUGCCGGCCGAUGGAGCUGACGUGACGUUCCGGGCUUCGAUUGCCCGAAGCCAAGAGAAGUCGCUGAUGAGUUCUGGAAAGGUGGUGGAUCUCCGUGCCAAACUCAACUCUGCUUCGAGCCACCUGAUCUUGGAGAACGUUGGAGAAAGUGAUGAAGGGGUCUACACCAUCACAUCUAACCAAAAUCCAGAGGAUGUUACACGCAUCACACUCUAUGUUAGAGAUUGCUCAAGUGAGGUCAUCGUUAUGUACGGCUUAGAUUUUCAUGUAUCACUGCAUGAUAACUCGGAGCCAGUGCGUGUGGGCUUUCGCCACAGCACUGUGGAGGCCAAUCAGACAUCAUUGCCGGCUGACGAGCUGCUGAAUGCUGACGGAACGCCCAAGGAGAAUUACCUGGACCGCGUUGAGAUCACUCCUCAAAAGUUCACUUUGCAUGCCGUUACAGGGGCUGAUGAAGGCAGUUACACCUUUAGUGAUUCCAUUGGGAAAGUCCAGAAGAAGAUCUGCCUGAACGUGAAAGCACAUCAGAUAUUUGAGACCCUUUCAUACGGUGGCACUCUGAAAAUAAACUUGCACAUGAAUAGCUCUUUAGCUCGCCUUCUGUACAUCCCUCAGUCUGAUAAACAUAAGUAUCUGAUUAUGGAUAACGGAGAGCUCAGCCUGCCUCUUAACGUGGAUCUUGAGGGUCGUCUCUCGUUGGAGGAUUCUUUCUGUCUUCUGACGGAUGUGAGGGCCAGCGAUGCUGGAGUUUUCAGUGUGACUGACCGUCAGGGAUUCCUGGUGUCUGAUGUCCACCUGGAGAUACAACCGUACAGGCUUCCUAAACUCUAUAUUGCUAUCAUUGCUCUGGUGGCAUUUUUGGUGUUACUGCUGUUGGUGUGCUUGGUGUCAUGUCUGGUGAAGAUACGCAAACGUGCAGCAAAGGCCAGAGCCAUUGAGGAGAAAGCCCAGAAUGCAGGCAAAGUGGAGGGAGAUGCCUUCAGACAGGUUGUCAAAGAUGCCUGCACCCGUCAGAAUGAUGAAGCCCCGGCCCUGUCACAGAAAGAAGACAUCACUGAGAAAUCACAAAGCACAGAGGUCAGCAUUAAGGGUUUGGAGGUGUCUACUAAAGAGCCAAGCCUUCAAGAGAGGAACAUGGAGACCAGUGACUCUGGAGUAGGAUUUAAUACCACUGGGCUCCCGCUUGACAGUGACACUGAUGCACCAACAGCAGCCAUAGCAGAUUCUGAUGCAUUGAGUUCUUCUGCUGCCCCUGAUGUCAAAGCCGUUCCCAACCAAGCUCCAGAGUCAAAGACAGCCCCCUCACCUCCAAAACCAGCACCAACCACUGAUCUGAAACCAGCACCCGUGGCCAAGUUGACUGCUCCUCCACCACCUUCUCCCGAACCCAAACCAGCAGUAACACCUGAACCUGAACCUAAGCCUGCGGUCACACCAACACCUGAACCCAAACCUGCAGCUACACCUGAACCGAAAAUGACCAUCUCACCACCACCAGAAACAAAACCGACCUUAAGCCCAUCACCAGAUCCCAAGCAACCUGUGACACCUGAUCCGAAACCAACAACUGAAGUUAAACCAAUUCCAAGUCCAACCCCUGAACCUCCCAAAGCAGUUACACCAACUCCUGAAGCAAAACCAGCUGUUACUCCAGAUGCCAAACCAGCAGUUUCACCUACUCCUGAACCCACACCAGCUAAAGUUGGCACUCCUGAACAGAAACCUGCUGCGAGCCCAACACCUGAUCCCAAGACUCCGGAUCCUAAACUGGUUUCUCCUGAGCCUAAACCAAGUUCACCUACUCCACAGUCUAAACCACCAGUCUCGCAGAUUCUCGACUCAAAACCAACCACAAAUGGUACUCCCGAAUCCAAGGCUGACAUCGAGUCAGAGCCAAGUGCACCCAUAUCUCCUGGGCUGGAUGUGAAGGGCAAAACCCCUGAUACUGGGAAAAGCUCAGUCAAAACUCCUGAGCUCAUCUCCAGUGGAGGUCUAGACUCGGCUGCCCCCAAUGACAGUGCACCACCUUCAAGCACUGAUGGAGCUGCCACCAACUGAGAUUAAAACCACAGCCGCAUUCCUGCCUCCUCCUAGUGUAUUAACCACCACAGACAAUCGAGACACUAGUCUUAACAACAAAGAAGAGCUAAAUGACUUCCUAAGGGGGUGGGUUCAGUCUCAGUCUUUUGAGUCUCACUUUUAAUACAAUUAACAUGCAUCAAUAGAAAGAUCCACUGUAAAUCCACUCAGUUUACUAAUAUGUAAUCACCCUGUAGCAGAGUUCGAGAGAAGAAGCAUUUCUGACCUUACACCAUUGGCUAAUUUAAUACAGAAUGAGGGAGGCUGUCUGGGAUAUUCCAAGAAAGUGUACAAAGAUAAAUCUCCCUUCACAGAAAUAAUACAUCACUGCAUGAAGAUAUUGAGAAAAUAAAUUAUAUUAUCAGUUCCGUAAUCCAAGUUACUGUGGUUGAAUUUGGGGAAAGGCACACAGGAACAUGGGACAUUAGUCAUUUUCAUUCUUUAUGAGAUCAUCUCUGCCUCAUUUCGACCAGUCGGAGAAUCCAAAUAGCUGGACUAAUACUGAGAAAGCGACCAACCUUCUGCUGUCAGAGGACUGGAAAAGUGGAAGAAUCAUGUGUCACUUUGACCCAUGCAAGUCAACAUGUCAUUUUGACAAGGGAGAUGAAUGAGGGAACUACAGAAGUGCAAAGCAGAAGGAAGAAAUACCAUUUCACCAAAAAAAAAAAAAAUAAUAAUAAUCACAAUCCUUCAUAGACUAAUCUGUGACUCUGUGCCUGGAGGACAUUUUUGAGAAUCUUCUUCUAUCAAUCCAACCUAUGGAUGUUCUUGUCCAGAGAUGUGACAGUGCACAUUUCCUGUUCAGUCAGUAACAAAAAUAUUGCUGUUGAACUCUUUCCACGAAGUUAAAAAAAUUUGUUUAAAAAUUGGAUGAAAAAAAAAAUGGUUGACCAGAAACAGAUGUUGGCAACAGUAUAUGUAAACAGGUUUGCUUCAUUGAGUGAGCUGUGUCUGAUAUAUCUAAAUAGUGAGGCUGUCUCCAUCAUUAGUGAGUUGUGUGGUGCAUUGUGAUUGGAAUGAAUUGAUCCUAGCACCAUUUUGGCGCUAGGUUCACAAAAGCAAUUAUGCAAAUCAGGUGAAGAGGAAAAUGCGACAAAAUAUUGAGUGAGUGCUCAGUUGUGGAGGAUACAGCAGACUACUGCAAUAUGCUGUACUUUUACUGGCACCUUACAGAAUCUCGAAAAUCACUGCGAUACAAACACCUGAACUGGCUUUCUAAAAUGUAAAAAGCAUUCUCGGUUGCAUACCAUCAUGUGAUUAUUUCAUUCAUCAUUUGAUGAAUUAAUCCCACAAUCAAAAAUGUACUCAAACAUAGACAAAUUACAGAAAAGCAGGUGUGUUUGGGUUAAAAAGAAUGGCAGUGAUUGCAGGUGGUUAGUGAAUAAGACACUUUUUUAUGCUGAAAUACAGUGCGCAAAAGUGGCGCAAGCAGAAUGUAAAAUUUGCUUGAGGAGCAAGUGGACAUGGUUUGUAAGAAGAUCUGGAUUGUUUGUGUUGCUACAAUGUUCCACAAAUAAUUUUGGAUUUAUAGUCAUAGUUGUUAGACAAUACAGUCUCACAUAUCAGUUUACAUAUAUUCCUGGUGCCUCCAGUAAAACCUGAACACCACUGCCUGUUAAUGUUGUAUGAGUCCAGGAACCCGCUAAUACCACACUAUCUGUGGGAGCUGAUGUUAAAUCACAGUGAGUAGUGGGGAUGGUAGCUAACUCGAUAUUCGUAUCAACGUCUUGAAGUGUGGGCAGAUCUGAUAGACUGGAGGUUUGUGGGUAGAUUUUCUAACUGAUGAUCACUACCUCACAUUUAAGCCUGACUAAAGUACUCAACCACUAAUUAAACAACAUUGUAAUGUAUGCUGACAUUAAAUUAAAAAAUAUAUAUAGAGAUUUUUGGCAAAGCACAAGGUUUGAAAUGCAAUCUAAGGUUUACAAAACUCAAUCAGAUAUUUGGCAAUGCCUUUCUCACAAACCUCUGAAAAUGGCCUUGUUCUUUCUCAGCCUUUAACAGCUGUUUUAAUAUCGGUGCAAGGAAAUGUCACUUGAAAGUCAUAUAGUCUUAGUGUCACAUCUCAUAAUGUAAAUAUCACAAACCCUAGAUGUCAUAACCAUAGGAGCACUGUAGCAUUCAAACGUAAAAUGAUGUGACAAAACAAAAUUUGAUUUGUGACCAAAUUUGAUGCAUAGUAAAUAAAUCUGACUCAAAUGGCUUAUGAGCAAACCUGAACCAUAUUUUUGUGAUGUUAAAGAUGCACUCAGUAAUUUUUGUUCGUUGCACUGGUCACUUGAAACUGGUCUUGGACCCGCACUGACACCUAGUGGUGUGGAGGUAGAAUAACACAAAACCAAUAGUUUUAGAUUGUAGAAAUGCUCUGUCAACUGUGAUCAGUUUAUAAUGAAUGAAAGUGUCUAAUGAUAGGAGGGGUCUUCGAGAUAAAGAGAUAAAGUAGUAUUCAGCUAGUCAUGUGAUUUCUACGCCAUGUAAAAAAACAACAAAAAAAAAAACAGCAGUUUGGGCUGAUAUUUAAACAUAUUUCAAAAGUGUUAUUAAUUUGUUUAGCUGUAAAACGCUUUUUUUUUAAAUUACUGAGUCCACCUUUAAAGUUACCCCCCCACACACACACUCUCUGUUUGGAGAGAGAGAGAGAGUCAGUAUUGAAGAACAUCUUAGCAAUAUAAAAAUGUGCAGAUACACACUGAUACAUGUACACAUGCAUAAUAAUAACUUGUUUUGAAGUAUGUAUUGUGAGGUUCUGUAGUUUGGCCUCUAAGUUCCAGAUUCUUUCGUUUCUCACGAUGAUUCACAGGCAGGCAGACACAGGAGGGGUUUUAUCAUUUUUUAUACAAUACAAAACCUAUGAACGUAGUGUGCUCCCUUCAGCUAAUCCCAUUGGCUGUUAAGCGUGAGCUUGAUUUCACAUGCCAAUACUUUCAUCUCCAGCAAAUGAUGUCACUCUUAAGUGCAUCCCAGUAAUGCACAUUACACAGGUUUCCAGGCAAAAUCAAUUUUCCUCUGAUCCUCCCUGAAUCAUCACAGUGUCUUAUCGUGCUUAAGAUAUUCGCUUCCCUUCAGGACACUGCCACUAAUAUUAGUCUUGUAUCAUGACAUGAUUACUGUCUGUUUUUGUAUUUUGUGUGUUGUAUGUAUGUGGGUGCAAUUUGGUAUUUAUGAAGAGAGAUUAUAGAUGUUAUUCAUCAUUGGCAACAUCAGGAGGCCUGUAUGUGUUUGUACAAGUGCAUGUGAGUAUGUCUGUGUGUGUCAGUGUGUUAGCAAGAAACUCCAUUGGAUAGCUGUCAUUUCAAUGCAAUUAGCAAUGUCCUUUUUCUCCCUGGCUGGCUGGUAAUUGCUGUUCCUUUUUAAGUGGUAUUAAAUUCAGAUUCAAUUUAAGAGAGUGCACAGUGCGAGAUUUCUAUCAGAACGGACUCCAUGCUGUCUUGUGAUACCCGACUGCUAUCUGUUUUGAUACCAAGAUAGCUGUGUUACAGGUCACUUUGAUUUAGUCAGCGCUCAAGGCUACACCACUGGAAUAGUAAUUCAGUUUAUAUAGCGCUUUUCCCUUGCUCAAAGUGCUUUACAAAAUUCAGACAAUAAAGUAACGACGCAUCGUCAUUGCAUGCUAUAGAGUUACGCUCCCAUAGUGCCCGUCUGUGCUAGUGUGGUCAUGCAUAUGUAGGAGGUAGUGUGUAGAUGUCUAAAAGUACUCUGAUUUUCAUGUAUCGCACGGCUCUGCAGGUCUCUGAUUGGAUAAUUCCAUUGUGUAAAACAUCCCUGCUAUGGAUGUCACUGAAAAUGUUGCAUUUAAUAUGUCACCCUAUAUCUUUCCAUUCCAUUGGUUAGACCUGAUUGGUCGAAAACAUUCUAAAGGGCAUUAAAGGGAUAGUUCAUCCAGAAAAGAAUAUUUCACUCACAAUCUUUGCGUUCUAAAACUGAAGUCUCUGAAGGAAGAACAAAGUACAGGUUUGAAACAACAUGAGUGUGAGUAAACAAACCAAUUUUCAUUUCUGGAUGAAUUAUCCCUUUAAUCAAUACUCAGAAUUCAAUGGGUGUGGAAUUAUCUCUCAAGAGUGAGGAAAAUGAGCGGUGAGAAUGUAUAGAGAAGCCCAAGUAUCCUGUGGUGUUGUGCGUGUUUUAAGUAAACUCAACGUGCAGUUGUGUUCCACAGGUGCAUGAGAGGUUUCUGCCUCUCUUUUCCUCUCCUUAUUCCACCUGAGUGAUGCUCUACAGUUUAUCAGUCCCCGUUCUUCCUUUUUGCACAAACACAACACAUAAACAUUUUGUAAAGAAGUGAUACUUCCUUUAUUUCAUGCCUAGAAAUGAUAAUAAAUGAUUUUAAAAUGUUUCAAA